GAGCAAAUUGAUUACUAACCGGGAGCACUAUUGGUCUGUUCAUUUGUAUCGCGCAUGCUCAUUGGUUAUACUCGAAACAUUUAUGACGUUCAUCUUGGUAUUAGUCGUGGAGACGUAGGGGAAAUAGGUUUUGUUGCAGUGAGUGAUAGGGGAGUUUAGGGUUCAUUAUCUAAGUGAGUGUUUGAAUGUGGAGGGGUUGUAAUUGAGUUGGUGCAGCGGGUGCUGGCAGUCUGACAGUGUUUGCGGGGUGGGACGGUCAGAAUGAUGGAUCGACCUGGCAGUCAACACCAUUCCGAGGAGCUACCAGCAGCUACAAGACCACGCGGAGUCUACAGCAUCGAUCAGAUACUCGGAACAGCCACUACACCCGUCGAUGAGGCACACCUGCACCAGUCGAAAGACGAGGGCGACUGCGGUGUGCGCGCAGAGAGUGGCUCCACCACGUCUGGGGACCUGGACGCUGCGGACGGAGAUCUGGAGGCGGAGGUUAAACCCCGGAAGAUCCGACGCAGCCGGACCACGUUCACGACGUACCAGCUGCACCAGCUGGAGCGCGCGUUCGAGAAGACGCAGUACCCCGACGUGUUCACAAGAGAGGAACUGGCGAUGAGACUGGACCUCAGCGAGGCCAGAGUACAGGUUUGGUUCCAGAAUCGACGAGCCAAAUGGAGAAAGCGAGAGAAGGCGAUGGGUAGAGAGACCUCUGGGUUCAUCCACAGCGAUCAGCCAGGUCUACCUGACUUUGGGGUACACGCCCAACUAGGGCUCCCUCCUCUGGCACCAGACCCCUUUUGGCCCAACGCGGCUGCACUCGGGUUUGGCCCGAUGUUCGGGUUGGGCAGUUUACCUCCAAACGCCGCCGCCGCGGCUCUGGGGAUCCCGUGGGGCGGGAAGAGUCCAACUCCAGGUCCUUUCCACACUUUGUUGUCGCAGUACGUACUGGCCGGAGGCGCAUUGCCGCUCCCUGCAGGUCUAGGGCUUGGUGGUCUGGGCGGAUUCACCUUGCAGCCACCUCCACCUCCGCCUGCUGCAGCUGGUUCGCCGCCCCCAACAGACGGAGAGCCUGCCGUCUCCAAGACGCCGCCGUCCCCAAGCCCCCCUCCGUGUUCCUCUACCUCGGAGACGAGGAAAAAUAGCAUCGAAGCCCUUAGGCUCAGAGCCAAGGAGCACCAGGCUCUGAUCUUAGGACAACACCAGAGGCUCGUGGCGACACCAGCGGCCACCACGAAAUCAGUGCCGCAAGUUCAGGCCAAGUCGUAAGAACACGUCGACUGUGAUACGUGCAGUGUUUAGUGAUUAGAUCCAAGGACUACGCCUCUCUGGAGGAUGCAGGGUGCAGAUACCAGAGCGAUUAGCUCAGGAGAUACGAAAGAACUGAGUUCUGAAUGAAGACUAACCUCAGGUGACUUGAAGUACGUUGAACUCCUACCUUGGGUCUUUGAAUGAUAAAGUUUAGCUUAAGUCAGGUUCUGUGAACGUAAACUGGUAUAUAAAGUAUUAGUUAAACACAGGAGAAGUAAUUCUUCUGCACGUUUAACCCAUUGAGAGAAGACUUUGUUUUGUCUACUUAUAUAAAAUUAACUGAUAGGAAUAUUGUUAUAACAAAUCUAUCGCAGGACUUAGGUAGGCCGUAAUAUAUGUUUCCCAAAGUUUAAA